UUUCCAUUAAACAUCAUGGCGGUUUUUAUGUUUCUAUUCAAAACAAAGCUAAAGAAGCCUGCAUUCAUAUUUAUGUUCAACCUUGCCUCUACAGACUUAUUUCUUGUGAUUGUACUGCCAUUUAAAAUAUCUUAUCAUUUUUUGGGACACAACUGGGCAUUAGGGCUUCACUUGUGUCGUUUUGCCACAUGCACCUUCUUCGGCAACAUCUUUUGCUCCGUAUUGCUGAUGGCCGCAAUAAGCAUUGAUCGUUUCUUGGCUGUGGUAUAUCCCAUGCAGUCUCUGUCAUGGCGAACACCACGACGCGCCUCCCUGGCAUGUGGUGUGAUCUGGAUUGUAUCCAUCUCUGGGGUGAUACCUCUCAUGAUGAUUGCACAAACAGAGGAGAUAGCCCAGUUAAAUAUUACAACCUGCCUUGAUAUGAUAGAUGCUUACAAGGUUUUACAGUUUCGUUAUUAUGCUUUUUUAUUAUCAACCCUGUUCUUCUUUAUACCACUAUUCAUCUCUAUUGUCUGUUAUGUGUGUAUUAUAAAGAAACUGUAUUCUCCUGAUGUUGCUGCAAGUCCAAGUAAGAAGAGACGCGCCAUCCUUUUGUCUGCAGCUGUUUUGUGUUCUUUUGUUAUUUGUUUUGGUCCAAUGAACAUCCUGUUCGUGAGCCCAUUCAUUAUUCCAAAUCCAGAUUAUGGAUGUCUCUUUUUUGCCUUCAUGAUCUCCCUCUGUAUUGGUAGCAUCAACUGUUGCAUUGAUCCCUUGAUAUAUUAUUAUGCUUCCUCAGAAUGUCAAAGGCAAGUGUGGAGGUUCUUGCGUCUUAAAAAGAAUUCCAGUUUCAGAAAAGAUACACAGGAAAAAACAGACAGUAAUGCAACCACCUUUUCCAGUGGUUUGAAUAAUUUGUCUCAAGCAUAGUAUCUGACAUCUGAACCUAUAUAGUCAUUGGUGAACACAGGCUUUCAUACAAAGUGACCUUGUAGCACCUGCAAGAAAUUAGUAGGAUAAGCUUUCGUAGACUAAUGGACCACCCAUACUGCAGAAUUAUAGCAGUUUAAUAUCACUUUAAUUAGUGUAGCUCUAUCCUAUGGA